AUGAAUAAACAACCGGGAACGCAGAUAAAACUUACCAAUGUCAGUAUAGUGAGGAUGAAGAAGGGUGGUAAGAGGUUCGAGAUCGCUUGCUAUCAGAAUAAAGUAUCCGAGUUCCGAUCAGGAGUUGAAACCGAUUUAUCCGAAGUAUUACAGAUAGAACAGAUAUUCACCAAUGUGCCGAAGGGAUUGGUAGCGAAGAAGGAUGAUUGGACGAAAUGUUUCCAGACGGACGAUAUGAACAAGGUGAUCGAGGAGAUACUGCGCAAAGGUGAACUCCAAAUCAACAACCUCGAACGUUCCCACCAAUUAUCCUCUCUAUCUCGAGAAAUCGCUACGUUAGUCAGCGAAAUGACCGUCGACCCAAAUACGAACCGUAAACACACUGUGGGGAUGAUUGAAAAGACCAUGUCUGAGAUUGGAUUCUCGGUAAAGGCUGAUAAACCGGCCAAAGCCCAGGCAUUAGAGUUGAUCAAGAAACUGAGUAGUGAAGAAGGUGAAAGUACUUUACCUAUCAGAAGAGCCAGGAUGAGAAUUAGGAUUACGAUGCCUGGAAAAGAUGCCAAGAGGAUAAAGGAUAAUAUCAUGAAAGAGGUCGAGGAGACGGAGGAGGAUGAUAUGGGUCAGGAGUGGGAGGCUAUUGUUCAAAUCAACCCAAGCGCUUUCCGUACGAUAACGGAUUUGGUGAAUAACGAGACCAAAGGGAAAGGUAGAGUAGAGGUGAUGGGAAAUGUGUAG